AUGAAAUUAGUGAAACCGCCUCUAUAGGUUAGAGAAAAAUAAUGGGACAAUCGUUUUUAUUUGGGAAAGCUGAGUGAUCAUGAAAUUAAGAAAUAGUUUAUGAUUAAGAAGAAAUCUGUAAAAAGACCUACAUCAACGAAUAAAAUUGUAGUAGAUGAAAAAUCAUUAGCUAUACGGCUUUAUGAAUUAUAAUUAUUGUGGGAAUAAUUCCGUAUUCCUUAAUUUCAUAGGGCAUACUUUCUUCAAUACAAUGAAAAAGAUCUUGAUGCUAUUUUAAGAGAAACUGCUGAAAUAAAGUUAAAAUAAUCCAUUGUUUAAAAGCUAAUGAGUCUAAUUAAAGGUAGGGAGAGAUGUUUAAAUUAUUUAAAAACUGAAAUAUUUGAAGAACAUAAAUUCUCAGAACUUUUAUUUCAUCUAAGAAUUUUAACAGUCAAUGUUAUUGAGUAAUUUAAAAAAUGGAGAGAUUCUUUAAAUAGAUGUGUUAGAUGGAGAAUAGAUGAAAUAGAUUAUCUCGUAAAAUUAAGAGUAGAUAUUGAUUUUUUAAAAGAAUAUUAUUAAGAUUACUAAAGAGAUCCAUUUUUAUUAUGGUUAUAUAAAUUAGGUAAAUAAGACACAGUACAUUAAAAUUACCAUUAAUUAUAGAAAGAUAUGAUGAAAAGAAUUCGUGAUUGGUAAUCAUAUAAUAUAUUUUCAGUGAAAUUUUACUUAUAGAGAAUGAUUACUUUGACAUGUAAACCAAUAUUUUAUCAAGAAAGGAAGCUUAAUUAAUUAAUAAAUAUUUAAGAGAAUCUACAAUUCAAAUGGAGGAUUAGAUAAAAAGUUAAGAAUUUAAAACUUUAAGUCCUAAUAUUAAAUAGACUAAAACUGUCUAAAUUUGUGAUAAUUUUAUUCUUGUUCCAUAAAUAGUAAAAAAUAAAGAUGAAUUUAAUAAAUUAUUGAAUCAAAUUAAAAAUGAUAAUGAUAUUGAGAGUUCAUUUCCAAUUAAAGACAAUUUAUUUGAAAUAAUUGAUUUCUAAGAUUCAUAAAUUUUAGCUUUUAUGUAGCAUUAAAAAAUUAAAGGUAUUUGUAUUAGUUAAUGUGAACAGAGUGAAUAAUAUCGUAAAGUUAUUAUUGAAUAAAUUAAAUUGGAAAAUAUACAAUUAUUUCCUUAAUUUAUAUAAUAAAUAUGCAAUUAUUUAAAUGGAAAUGAAAUAACAAUUAAAUUAGUUCAUUUUAUUUAAAAUGAAAAAUUAAUUGAUUGUGAAUCUUUAAAAAUUGCAUUAAAAUAAGAAGGAUUUAGAUGGAAACAAUAGACAAAUGAUUGUGAAAGAAAUAUUAGAUAUACUAUUUAUUAUAAAAAGAAGGAAUAUCAAUAGUAAUAAAUAAAUCGAUUUAAAUUUAAUUUUCAUGUUCAUAGUAUAAAAUUAAAUUAAUUGAUGCAAUUGAUAUAUAAUAAUAUUCAUGAAAAUACUGAUAUUGCUCAGAAAUUUAAACGUUAUGCUGAUUCCAGAAAAACUGAACAUAAUCCUCCUUAAAUAAAAUUAAAACCACAAAUCAAUGAUGAUAGAAUAGUUUUAUUAGAUUUAAGAAUUAAAUUACCAUCUUUUAAAACAGAAGUUAGAAAUGAAUAUAAAUAUUACAGAAUUGUAUUAUUAUUUUUCAUAAUUAGAUAUAAGAACCUGAAAUAAGUAACAUUUCUUUUAUAGAAAUAGAUGGAUAAACUAUAUAUGCCUUAUCAUUAUUAGAAAAUGAUUAUAAUAUCCUUAUUUCUAAAGAUCAGAUCAAUCAUGAAACUAUUUAAAUAUCAUAAUUUUAACCUACAUAAGAAGAUCUCUCAAUUCCAAUGUUUUGUUAUAAUGAUGAAAUAGCAGAUAUUUUUAAUCAUCAUAUCAAAUUAUAAUUUGAUCAUUUAAUGAUAAUUAAUAGGAAGACACUCACUGAAUAAUCUACUAUUGAAAUUAAACCUGAAACAUUUUAUUUUUCCAUAUUGUAUGAAGGACAUAUAAUAAACUCAUUUAAAAUUUAAGAACAUCAUUUAAUAAAAUUUAAACCAUUAAAAUCAUAAAUAAAGAUAAGUGAAGAUAUCAAAAUUGAUAAAUCUAAAUUUAGUUUACCAUGUUUCCCAUUAAUUCAAAAAACUCUUGAACCUGAACCUCUAAAAAUAUUUAUUAAAAAUUAUGAAUGUAUAUGUGCUUUAGAUAAUUAUGCAAAUUUUAGAAGAUGGAUUAUUUAUACAAUAAUUGGAUGUCAAGAGAAUGAUAUUAAGGAUGUUCUUGAAUCCUUAAUAACUUAAUUGACAAUAAUUGAUCCAAAUAUUUAAGAAGUUGGUAUUGAGUAAUUUAUAUGAAUAAUUUUAGUUUUUAUCAUGAAAUGGUGAAUGGAGAAUAUACUGUAAAUAAAAAUGUUUAGAAGUAACUUACAUCUCUUGGUUUCAAAUGGAAAAUAUAAAUAAAUGAAGCAAAUGAUCACACAAGAUUUACUAAAUAUUUAUUAAAAUUACAAAGAGAAACAUAAGUUGUUGAUAAUUUAAUUGUUCAAUAUUUUUGUACUUAAGAUUUUGCAGAUGUCAAUGUUUAACCAUUAAUUUAAUAGUUUUCGAUAUUUUAUUAAACUUUGACUUAAUCUCAAUUAGUUGUAAAAAGGGUAUCAUAUAAAUAUAAAUAUAUAGAACAAUUUGAUACCUUUUUCAAAAUAUUAUAAUAAGGAUAUACCUCCUGAAUUAUAGACUGAUUAAAUGUUAGAAACUAGAAUUUCAUAAAUUUUAUAAAAUUGUAAAUAUGGAAACAAAAACAACAUUGAUUACAUAAUAUUUAAUGUAAUUAUUAUUAUUAAUAUAAAGAGCUAAGUUAUUACUAGUAAUAAACAUCCAGAAUUGGGAACUAUUUACUUUAUUUAAUUAUUUGACAUUGUUUUAUGUUUCUAUUAAUUGGAAAAAGAACUUAAUACUGAUUAAAUAGCCAAUUUGAUUUAAUAAGUAAGUAAUUUAUAUAUAUAUAUAAUUAGUCUACAAGUGAUGAGAAUGAGUAAUAAGAAAGCUUAGGUGUUGAAUUCAUUCAAUAAAAUAAAGCAGGUAGUAAUUAUUCAAUGGAGAUUAAUUUAAAUAUGGAGAAGCGUAUAACAAUAGAGAUGAAAGAUUUUAAAACAAUAUAAAAACCUUACUUUAUCGGUAUAAUUGAGCCUAAUUGGUAUGAGAAACAUAAUUAGAUGAUUGCAUCUAUGAUAAUUAUAUGA